AUUUUGUAGUGCAUAUGAAGAUUAUUCAAAUUAAAGGAAAAUAAAGAGAGAGCCAAAAAAUUCCCAAAUGCAAAGAGAUCAUGAAGAUAUUUGUGUGGAUUGGAGAGGGCGAGCUUGUAAUCCUAACAGACAUGGUGGAAUGGGAGCUGCUGCCUUUGUCCUUGGACUUCAAGCAUUUGAGAUGAUGGCAAUAGCAGCAGUUGGGAAUAAUCUGAUAACAUAUGUUUUCAGUGAAAUGCAUUUUCCACUGUCUAAAUCAGCAAACGUUGUUACCAACUUUGUUGGAACUGUCUUCUUUUUGUCUCUUCUUGGUGGCUUCUUGUCCGAUUCUUAUCUUGGUAGCUUUCGAACUAUGCUCAUCUUUGGCUUCAUCGAACUCGCUGGAUUUACAGUUCUAACGAUACAAGCUCAUUACCCAGGACUAAGGCCAUCACCAUGUGAGAUGGGAAGAAAAUUAGAUGAAGAAGAUGAUCAAUGCAUAGAAGCCAAAGGAUAUGAAGCAUUAAUGUUCUUUUCAGCAUUAUAUUUGGUAGCAUUGGGAAGUGGAUGUUUAAAGCCAAACAUAAUAUCACAUGGGGCAGACCAAUUUAGAAAAGAAGACCCAAAACAAUUCAAAAAGCUAUCAACUUUCUUCAAUUGUGCUUAUUUUGCAUUUUGCACUGGUGAACUCAUUGCAUUGACUCUUCUUGUUUGGGUUCAAACACAUUCUGGCAUGGACCUUGGCUUUGGUGUUUCCACUGCUGCUAUGCUUCUUGCUUUGAUUUCAUUGCUCUCUGGCACUUCUUUUUAUAGGAAUAAUCCCCCGCGUGGCAGUAUCUUCACUCCAAUUGCUCAAGUCUUGGUUGCUGCAUAUAGGAAAAGGAACCUACAAAUGUGUCCUUCGAAUUCAGAGAUGGUACUCAAUGGAACUCAAAAUGGCAUUGUCAAACUCAUACACACCGAUAAGUUCAGAUUCCUUGACAAGGCUUGCAUAAAAAGUGAAGAAGAAAGAUUGGGAUCAAUUAGAGAAGAAAGUCCAUGGAAGCUUUGCACAGUAAAACAAGUAGAACAAGUGAAAAUAAUACUCUCAGUAAUUCCCAUAUUUGCUUGCACCAUAAUCUUCAACACCAUUUUAGCACAACUCCAAACAUUCUCAGUCCAACAAGGAGCUUCCAUGAACACAUGGCUCACAAAUUCCUUCCAAAUCCCCCCAGCUUCCCUCCAAGCCAUCCCUUACAUUAUCCUCAUCUUCCUCGUCCCUCUUUACGAGACCGUCUUUGUCCCACUCACUCGUCGCCUCACCUCCAUCGACUCCGGCAUCUCCCCUCUCCAACGUGUCGGCACCGGCCUCUUUGUCGCCACCUUCUCCAUGGUCUCUGCUGCACUGGUCGAGCAAAAACGUCGAAACUCUUCCUCCUCCCUCUCCAUCCUCUGGAUUGCACCACAAUUCGUGAUAUUCGGCGUGUCAGAGCUGUUUACGGCGGUCGGGUUGAUCGAGUUUUUCUAUAAGCAAUCUGUGGAAGGGAUGCAGUCAUUUUUAACUGCCAUGACUUAUUGUUCAUACUCCUUCGGGUUCUACUUGAGCUCUUUGUUGGUGUCACUUGUGAAUAAGAUCAGUGGUGGAUGGCUUAGCCAUAAUGACCUAAAUAAUGAUAGGUUGGAUCUGUUCUAUUGGUUGUUGGCUGGUCUUAGCUUUGUGAAUUUCUUCAACUAUCUCUUUUGGGCCAAUAGAUUUUCUCAACAACCUCCUUUGCCACUUCAUCUUCUUCAAACCCAAACCUCAACCAAACAACCUUCAAACUCUAAGCUUGUAGUGCCUUGAAAGUUGAAACAUAUAACUACUUUUUUGUUGUGCUUGCUGAUCUCUAUUUUUAGUGGCUACUACAGAUAUAUUUUAGUUGAAAACUACUCUACUUAUGAUCUUAGCUAUUGAAAGCUAGUAAUAAUAAUACAAAAAAAUUAUUAUAUAUAAA